AUGAGGUCUGCAGUGGUCGCCGAUUCUGCCCAACAUGACAUUGAACGUCAAGGUCGUCAUCAAGAAUAUACAGAAUUUGAAAAUGAUUUGGUGCGAAGAAAAUUCAUACGAAAAGUCUAUUUUAUAUUGGCCAUACAAUUGUUGGUUACCAUGGGACUAGUAACCCUUCUCGUGUCAUCGGAUAUUUUUUAUGAAUAUAUCGAAGAGAAUCCAAUGUUAGUUUUUGUUGCAAUGGCUGCCUUAUUGAUAACAAUGCUGGCAAUGGCAUGCUUCUCCUCGCUACGACGUAAAUCACCCAUAAAUUAUAUAUGUUUGGGUCUCUUCACGCUGAUCCAAACAUUUGUUCUGGCAGUUAUUAGCUGUCAUUAUGAUACGAAAAAAAAAUCAAAUAAGAAAAUUAAAAUUUCCAGCCUGCUACUGCAUUUGGUGAUCGCAGAGGAAAAUGUAAACAAAACCUGUCAACUGGAACACAAAACGGGAAGUAAAUAUUUUCCAGAAAACUUCAAAUUUGGCGUGGCAACUGCGGCCUAUCAAAUCGAAGGUGGUUGGGAUGCGGAUGGUAGAGGCCCAUCGAUAUGGGAUACAUAUACACAUGAACAUCCGGAAAUGAUUGUGGAUCAUUCUACGGCAGAUGUUGGACCGGAUUCGUAUCAUUUAUUCGACAAGGAUUUGGAAGCGUUAAAGGAAUUGAAGGUACACUUCUAUCGUUUUUCAAUAUCCUGGUCUCGCAUACUACCCGAUGGCUCAAUAACGUCAAAAAAUAAAAAAGGCAUUGAUUAUUAUAAUAUGGUUAUUGAUAAACUAUUGGCCAAUGGAAUUGAGCCUGUGGUCACAAUGUUCCAUUAUGAUUUACCAGCCACUUUAAAUCUAUAUGGUGGCUUUACCAAUCUACUACUGGUAAAAUAUUUCCUUGAUUAUGCCAAAAUUUUAUUUGACAAUUUUGGCGAUCGUGUUAAAGUUUGGAUUACCUUUAAUGAACCAUUUGAUUAUUGUAUGCCUGGUUAUGGGGCGGGAAAUUUUCCACCGAUGGGUAAUGAUGCUGGUAUUGCUGAUUAUCUCUGCAUGGACACCACUUUAAAGGCCCAUGCUGAAACAUAUCACCUCUAUAAGAGAGAUUAUUUUGAAAAACAGAAGGGUAAAAUUGGCAUAACCAUAAGUUCCAGAUUUUAUUAUUCCAAAACGAAUAAUACAACAAUUAUUGAUCGUGCAAUGCAGUAUUCGUUAGGUUGGUUGGCCUAUCCCAUAUUUGGUGAGACUGGCAAUUAUCCCCAACUAAUCAUAGAUGAUAUUGCUGAGAAUAGCCGUAAAGAAGGAAGAACCUACUCUCGCUUACCAGUCCUCAAUGAACAGGAAAGGGAUCUUAUAAAACAUUCUGCCGAUUUUCUAGGUUUAAAUUAUUAUACUUCGCGUUAUGUUGAAAUGGCAGAACCACCUAGAGGCAAACAACCAUCAUGGGAUUAUGAUUCACGUUUAAAGUAUUCAUUGGAUCCGAAAUGGAAGAGAGGGAAAUCAUCAUGGCUUUAUUGUGUGCCAGAGGGUCUUGAAAGUCUUUUGAAUUGGAUCCGCCUUAGUUUCAAUAACAUUGAGGUUAUGAUAACUGAAAAUGGCUGGUCAGAUGAUGGACAAUUGGAUGACACCGAACGCAUAGAUUAUCUAAAGGCUCAUUUACAAGCAGUUUUAAACGCUAUUAAUAAUGGAUGCAAUGUGACUCAUUACGCCCAUUGGAGCCUUAUAGAUAAUUUUGAAUGGCAACGAGGUUAUACAGAAAAAUUCGGAUUGUAUUAUGUGAACAGCGGCAGCGUUAAUAAAGAUCGUAUUGCAAAAUAUUCUGCCCGUUAUUAUAAAGGUGUUAUUAAAACAAGAAGUCUUCAGUUGGAAAAUUUUUAA